UGUUUAUAGAUAUUAUAAAGCUUAAAAGUUAAACUUAAAGAGGAAGAGGUGACUGGAAAAGUAAUUGUAAAAUACUUAAAAAAGAAGUAAAAAUGGAAGUCUUACAACAAAAAAGAUUUGAUAAGAUUCGUGAAAAUGCUGCAUCCAUAUUGUAUUGUACUGAACAAAAAAUUAACCAACUUAAAGAAUGUGACAUAAGCGAAGUUGAACAACAGAUUACAAUGAACAAGGAAUCUUUCACACAAAUACUGGCUAACUUUUCGGAAAAAAAUGUCCCAGCAGCUGCUCGACUGACUGAUAAGCUUCUGGAGAAGGAAAAUGAUGAAAUCAUGCGUCUCUACCUUAUCCAUAAUCGUCAGAUACUAGCCAUGAAUUUUGAAGGUGUUGAAGUAGCUCGAGAAUUUGCUGAAAAAGAGUACAAGGUAGCUAAGGAGAUGUAUAAGUCACUGAAGAAAGAUGAAGAUGUUGUUUAUGUUCCAUUAUUUGAAGCCUGUAUGGGAGCUUGGUCAGUUUGUCGAUGGGAUGAAGAUUUCAAACAAGCAGAGGACUACUUGCUGGAAGGUAAAGCAAUUGCAGAAAAUGAUGGUAACAGGGACCGUCAGCAAUUGGCUCAGAUGUUAUAUCUUGGUUGGAAACGAUUACAAAACUCACAAGACAUAGAACUGGAGAAGAUAAGCAUUGUGGCUGGCCAGACGUACGAUCUUAAAGAUGUUGACUAUACAAAACAUCAGUUUCUGGGAAAUUUCUAUGCUUCCUACUGUGAACUGGGACUUAGUAAAGAGCAUUUCCAACAGACUGAGAGCAUUGAUGAAUCACUGAAGAAAAGUGGUUUUCUUAACAUGAUUUAUAACUUGGAAGGCAGAAGUUAUGAAGUUCAGAAUCACUGCAUAGUAAUGUUAUCACAGGCUUUCGAAAAAGGAAAUCUUUGGGACCUAACAAAGGUAUAUUCUCAAUUAGCCAUGGCUUACUGGAACUUUAUUGUUUUUGGAGAACUGAAUUAUAUGCGCCAAGCUCUUGUCUUUCUGAUUGUACAACAUAGUUUGGCUAAGAAAUUGAAAUGGAAGACAUAUCAGAGGCUUGCACUAAUAAACAUUGGCCAUAUUUUUAAUGCUCUUGGUCUUCUUAAUGAGGCUGAAAGUAUCCUAACUGAAGCUCUCUCGGCAUGCAGACAAGUCAGUGAUAAAACGACAGAGAGCAUGGUUAUUGGAGCCCUUGGAACUACUUACAGAAAAUUGGGUCUGUACGACAAAGCAAUAUGUUACCACACUCAACGUCUUCAGCAUUGCCAGAAUGUAAACCAUCUUCGAGGUAUAUCAACUUAUUUAUCUGAGUUAGCACUGGACUUUUGGACUGCAAAUGACUUGGACCAAGUGGAGAUCAAACUAAAACAGGCCAUAAUGUAUCAAGAGUUGAUGAGAUCAAAACUAGGUCAAGAGGAUGUGUCUCGUGUAGCAAAUUUUGACUUCAACCAGAGAGGAUCUUACAAUUUUAUGCAGUCUGUUCUAGUUAAACAUGGAAAAAUCAAAAGUGCAUUAGCAGUUUCAGAACUAGCAAGAGGGAGAGCCCUUGCCAAUCUCAUCAUGAGAAAUGUAAAAGAGUCUGAAAGUGGAACUGAAUCCUGGCUAUAUGAUGACAGCAAAAUUUGUAGCACACAGCUUGGGGACUCCUUGAUGGAAGAAAUCCUGAAAGAUUUUUACCUGACUGCAGAUGAGAUGGAUUCCACUAUCCUUGUGUAUACCAUGGCUCCAGAAUUAAACCAGAAUGGUCUUCUGGAACCGUGGUUAUACAUCUGGGUUGUAAAGAGUAAGGACUAUCUCCAACCAGGAGAAGAUCGAGUAGCCUUUCGACGAGUUUCUUGCUCGAAUGUGUUGAUUCCCAACAAAACUUCGGAAAAGGAUGACCCACUUAGUAAAUUAUCUAGAAGCUUUGGACAGAUGACUUUAAAAGAAGAAUUGCUGAACAAGGAUCAUGAUGAAGCCCAUGGUGCACCUAUAAAUUCCAGCUUGUCAAGCAAAAGAAGUGAAAAUUGUUCUAAGUCUGUCAUUGAGAAAAGUACUCUAUAUCAGAUACUGUGUGAUCUAGAGCUCGUUCAAGCUGUUAAUAGAACGUUUCCAGAUGUUUCUGAAGAAGAAGAGCAGAAGAAAAGAGGACAAGAAAACAGCAAAAUCAAUAAAAUGGAACGAAUAACCAUUUCUGAGGAAGAGAAGUCCAAAGUAAAGGAAACUCUGCAAUAUUAUUAUCAUAUGUGCAUUGGUGAAAUAGCUGAUGUCCUUCCUCAACCAAGAAGUGAAUGUGAUAUCCCACGUUUAAUAAUUAUUCCACACAGUAAUCUCUUCAGCAUUCCUUUUUCAUUGCUGCUAAGUCCAGAAGAAAAGUACCUUGUGGAAGAUUAUAUUAUAUCUUAUUCUCCUAGUUUAAAAAUUCUGCGACUUCUUCAAUCUAGGCUCAACAUACUACGGAAUAAGCAAGGAAGUGCAGAAUUGAAGGUAACAGCUUUUGGAAAUCCCAAGAUGGCCCCCAAACACGAACUGAAAGAACUGGAACAUGGUGAAGCUGAGCUACAGAUGGUUCAGCAAAUAUUUGGAACAAACCACUGCACAGUAGUUAAUCAAAAUGCUGCUACUAAAGAAGAAUUUAUUAACAGUUUGCAAGCAUGCAACAUACUCCAUGUGGUAUCUCAUGCAACAGUGGAAGACCCUUACAAGGAAGGAUUUGGAGAUGAUCGUGGUGAUUAUUCAGUACAGGGCUGUCUUGUCAUGGCCCCAUCUGACAUUACUCCAGAUGGUCUUGUGCAUUCAAGGGAUUUACAAAACCUUGACUGUAUUUGUCAACUCAUUGUUCUAAGUUGCUGCAUGACAGCACUUGGGAAACCAUCGGGUGAUGGUGUUUUGGGUCUAUACCGGAGCUUAUUGGCAGGAGGAGCUACUGGUGUUCUAGGAACUCUGUGGAAGAUACGAGAUGACACAACGCCUCUUUUAAUGGAAAAGUUCUACAAGUAUUUUGUGGAAGAUGAAGAUGCACCAAAAGCUAUGAGACUGGCAAUGAUCAGUUUUAUGAAAGAAGGAUUCUACUCCAAAGAAUGGGGUGCCUUUGUAUUUGUUGGUGUUUCAGGAUUUAAAACUCAAAUUCAAUCAACAUGAGUUUUGUUAUUGUGUCAUAAUCUAUUACCAAAGAGUUUAAUUGUGGCCUUGUGAACAUUGUUGACCAAAAAACAACCAUUUACUAAACUUCAAAUUAGUAUCACCGAUUAUGUUUCUUAGCUAAUUGAAAUGGAACAGAAUUCUAAUAGUAUUUACCAUGAUAGACAUUGUUCCUCAAGAUUGUAAUAAUUUUUAAACAUUAUCAUUUCCACCAGUAGCCUUUAAGUGCUGUCUAGUCAUCUUUGUUUACAUUUUGGUUAUGUUUCUGAUCAUUGCUGAUUUAAGCUGAAGUGUUUCAAUUUAUAAAUUUAUAUGAGAUUUAAGGGCAUAUAUGUAAGAUCCACGUGUUUCAAAACUAUAAGUUACUUCACAAUGUCAUGAAUACUUUCAUAAUAUGUUCCCAUUGUUUUUGUUUUUACAGUAUUAAGAUCUAUGAAUUUCAUUUUAAAGCCUUUAAAAAUCAUUGUUUUAAAUACUGAUAAUAAUAUCUAAGAACUUGUGAUUCACAGUAAAGAAUUAUGUAUAACAGUAUAUCAACCACACUAUAUCUGCUAUAUUUAGUCCUUAUGAGGCCUUUCAGCCAAUACAAAGAUGUGACAUGACAGACAUAUUAGUGGCUGAGUUGCUAUUUUGAUUACUAAAUUGCAUGAACAACAACUGUUAUGGUGUUUGAUUAUGUUUGUGAAGUGUAACUUUAUAUCAAUUUUAACUUUAACUCACAAAUCAGAAUUAGGGUAAGGAUUCCAUUUUUUAUUCAUUUUUGCAAUAUUAAAUUCAUAGUUAAAAAUAGGUUUGGUUAUGAAACAAUAGAACUGCUUCUUAGCACUAGAAAUUCGAAGUAUAUGUAGUCAAAACUGACAUUUAAAGAUUUAUUUUUGUUGCAGCUAGUCACAAUAGUUUAAUUACUAAUAAUAUAGUCUAACUUUUGUUAAUGGCCACAUAAAAUUUAAAUGAAUUUUAUUGCUCUAUAAAAAUUUAAAUUUCUUGUAAUAUAAUUACAUACUAGUUGGGCAUUUUAUAUAUUUAGUGGGUUUCAAUUUUAACAAUAUAUAUAUUUAAUUUAUGGUUUUAUCCAAUAAACUACUAGUCUUAAAAAGCUCUUUUACCAUCUUUUUUAUUCAUAAAGAUAGGUGUUGUUUUCUUAAGCUGUUUAAUAUUUGGCCACUUUUAUUUAAUUACUGAAUAUUCAUAUAUUUGAUAAUCCAACAUAGAUUUAAACUGUAUUAAUCUUGCAAUAUGAUUUUAAUGUUGUUUUUAGCAACUGUCACAAUUCGUUAUAAUUAUGCUUACAAUGUUGCAUAAAAAGCCUGAUUAAAAUGCAAUCUUUCCAGUUUAUGUUU